CCCGAAACUUGAAAAGGUAUUAAACCCCCGUAGCCCGCGAUGCAAUCCUGCGUGUGACUUAUGAUUGCAAAUAUCGUACCCUGUUCCAUACAAAGAUCUCUUGUUAUCUCUCGCGAGUCUUCGUUGAUAUUACAGAAAUGUCGGGGCCUUCCGACUUUGACCCCGAGAGGGUGAACCUCACGGAAUUCGGGUCCAUCACUCAACAGGGACUCAUCACCUGCUUCCUGACCACGGCCGGAAACCAGUACGAUGGACCUUUGGGCAUCCGUAUAGGUUCAAUAUUUGUCAUCGGUGUCGUCUCGACUGCCGUGACCUUCUUCCCCGUCGUGGCAACCCGCAUCCCACGUCUCAAGAUCCCGCUCUACGUCUAUCUCUUUGCAAGAUACUUUGGCUCCGGUGUUAUCAUUGCCACUGCCUUUGUGCAUUUGCUCGAUCCCGCCUAUGCGGAGAUAGGCCCUGCUUCCUGCGUCGGCAUGACUGGCGGCUGGUCAACUUACUCGUGGCCACCCGCAAUCGCUUUGUCCGCAGCCAUGAUCACGUUUCUCCUCGACUUUCUCGCCGAAUACUAUGUCCAGACGCGUUACGGACUUCCGCACAAUGAGGCCGGAAUUGAAGAUACCAUCACGUCCUCUGCUACAGGCGGGCAUCAAUACUUGCAUUCGGGAGAGAUGGACCAUCAUCCGGACGCUCGUCCAAACUCAGACAAACGUUUAGGCGAGAACGGCGAUGCAGACGGAAAGCGUCGUGCCAGCUAUGCAGACAUCGAGGAGCUCCGACAUCUAGACGGUGAUUCCAAAGAAACUGAACUCGCCUUCAAGACUCAAAUCGCCGCUUUUCUCAUCCUCGAGUUUGGGGUCUUGUUCCAUAGUGUCUUUAUUGGGUUGAACUUGGGAGUGGCCGAUACCUCUGACUUUGAUACCUUGUUCCCCGUUCUAGUAUUCCACCAGUCCUUUGAGGGUCUUGGUAUAGGAGCGAGGCUGAGUGCCAUUCCCUUCCCAGAUCGACUCCGCAGCAUGCCUUGGCUGUUAUGUGCCGCCUAUGGGCUGACGACACCUAUCGCAAUUGCCAUUGGCCUUGGUGUUCGGACUACAUACGAUAACUCGUCCUUCACAGCGAACCUUGUCAACGGCCUUUUCGAUUCUAUCUCGGCUGGCAUUCUCAUAUACACGGGAUUUGUGGAGAUGAUUGCUCGCGACUUUCUCUUCAAUCCUGAUAGAACUCAGGACAAGGUCCGUCUCGGUUUUAUGGUUGUUUGUCUCUUCCUUGGUGCUGGAAUCAUGGCUCUGGUUGGCAAGUGGGCUUAGUCGAGUUAUAUCAUGAACAAAUCUUUGCCCAACAGUCGUCGCUCCGAGUGUUUAUAAUUCGAAUCUGGCUAUGAGAAGUUUUGAUCAAGGCGCUAUAUAGGGACUUGGAUGCAACGAUGAUCACGGAGGAGCGUGACUAUGUUUUUGAGUGGAUUUCAUAGUCAGAUAGAAGAUAGAAAAAUGUAUCCUGGCCACCUUUGGAAAAGGGAGGGAUUUGAGAACUUACAAUAAGUCAAGC